ACUCAGAGAAGGCAAAUGACUUGCUCGAGGGUGCACAGCAAGUUGUGUGGAGAGCUAGGAGGAAAAGCCUGCUGUCCUAACUCCUUGCCUGCUCUCCCUCCCACCCGACUGAAGACUCAGCAGCCCUUCCAUGCACUCCCCAGGGUGGUGCUGCUGGGCUCCUGGGCCUCCGGCCUGGGCCACUGCUGUGCACCAGGUACCAGGGCUGGACUCCAGGUCCCAUGUCAGGUGCCCAUGUCCAUGGCCAUGAUGUCGCCACAGAUGCUCACCCCACAGCAGAUGCAGCAGAUCCUGUCACCGCCCCAGCUCCAGGCACUGCUCCAGCAACAGCAGGCUCUCAUGCUGCAGCAGCUUCAGGAAUAUUACAAGAAACAACAAGAGCAGCUUCACCUGCAGCUCCUCACCCAGCAGCAGGCUGGGAAACAGCAGCCCAAAGAGCAUCACCCCCUGCCCAACGGACAGCCCACUGUGCACACAUCUCGCAGAGACAGCUCCUCCCAUGAGGAGACCCCCGGCUCCCACCCCCUGUACGGACAUGGAGAGUGCAAGUGGCCGGGCUGCGAAACCCUGUGUGAAGACCUGGGCCAGUUCAUCAAGCACCUCAACACAGAGCAUGCCCUGGACGACCGCAGCACAGCGCAGUGCCGGGUGCAGAUGCAGGUGGUCCAGCAGCUGGAGAUCCAGCUGGCCAAGGAGAGCGAGCGGCUGCAGGCCAUGAUGGCGCACCUGCACAUGCGUCCCUCGGAGCCCAAGCCCUUCAGCCAGCCUGUGACCGUCUCUGCAGACCCGUUUCCCGAUGGCCUUGUGCACCCCCCGACCUCCGCCGCUGCCCCUGUCACCCCUCUGCGGCCCCCCGGCCUGGGCUCUGCUGCACUGCAUGGUGGGGGCCCUGCCCGACGGAGAAGCAGCGACAAGUUCUGCUCCCCCAUCUCCUCAGAGCUGGCCCAGAACCACGAGUUCUACAAGAACGCAGACGUCCGGCCUCCUUUCACCUAUGCCUCCCUCAUCCGCCAGGCCAUCCUGGAAACCCCCGACCGGCAGCUGACCCUGAAUGAGAUCUACAACUGGUUCACCAGGAUGUUCGCCUACUUCCGCAGGAACACUGCCACCUGGAAGAACGCCGUGCGCCACAACCUCAGCCUGCACAAGUGCUUCGUGCGUGUGGAGAACGUCAAGGGUGCGGUGUGGACGGUGGAUGAGCGCGAAUACCAGAAGCGCAGGCCGCCGAAGAUGACGGGGAGCCCCACCCUGGUGAAGAACAUGAUCUCGGGUCUCAGCUACGGAGCACUUAAUGCCAGCUAUCAGGCUGCGCUGGCCGAGAGCAGCUUCCCCCUCCUCAACAACCCUGGCGUGCUGAGCCCCAGCUCAGCCAGCAGCCUCCUGCCCCUCAGCCACGAGGACAUGGGCGCCCCCGGGGAACCGCUGCCCAGUAAUGGCAGCAGCAGCAGCCCACCUCGGCUCUCCCCGCCCCAGUACAGCCACCAGGUACAGGUGAAGGAGGAGCCUGCAGAGGCGGAAGAAGAUCGCAGGCCGGGACCUCCCCUGGGUCCCCCCAACCCCAGUGCUGCGGGGCCUCCACCUCUGGAGGACAGGGAGCUGGAGGAGGAGCUGCCGGGGGAGGAGCUGUCCUAAGGGCUCUGGGGCAGAGGCGGGGUGAGACCCCUGGCCCAGAACCAGGCCCACCCAACCCCACUCCACAGCCCUGAACCUCAAGGCACUUCCGGACUCGACUCCACGGGGCAGCCUGGGCCGGCAGCUCCCCUGCCAUGGACCGACACACGCUUGGGGGCAGAGCUAGUCCCCUCCCCCAAGGGGACAGGACCCCUGGUCUGGGGCCAGCCGAAGACAUGGAGGGCCCAGACCCCUCCCAGACUCCCUUCAUCCGAACCAGUCUCCCGACCACCAGCAGCAGGCCCCCCACCGCUGUCCCCUGGACAGGGCCCUGUCUUCUGCAGGAGACCCACGGAUGGGGCACCCACCUCCCAGGGCCUGUGCCCGCACUCCCGGAUUUGUAUGUUCUCUUUCUGUACUGUGAAGCAAGCGAUCUCCUCCCCCAGCUCCUCGCCCUGCCCUGCCCUCCCCUGCCUGCCAGGAAUGGAGCUGGGCUGGGCUGGCCAGCUGUCACCACCUCCGCUGCUGUCAUGGGUGGGACCCGGCGUUUUGUGCCCUGUGAGGGCCGCCACAAGCAGGACCCAGGCUAAACGGCACCGGGCCUCCUGUGUCCUCCGCUCACACGGAUGUCCACAGGUGGGGCCGCGCCCCCUGCAGAAGGGCGAGGCGAGGCUGGACCCCGGCCUCGCCACACCCCUGGCCACCGAAGUCCUCUCACCCUCCCUGUACCCCUUCCCUAAGUCCCCAGUUACACGGAUGACCAAAGACCUUUCUUAUGCCGGAAGCAAAAACCAAAACUUUUCGUUGGCUUUUUCCUUUUGUCGCCUCCCGAACUCCCAGCUGUCCCAGGCCCCAGGCUGGAAGCCCCACUCUACUUAAGUUAUUGUUUUAAACCAAAGUUUACAGUGUCUGUUGGUGGCAAGACCCUCUCCCUCUACCCCUUCUCUCCCCGAGGACCCUGGGACUGGCCCUGCCUGGGGACGAGGAGGCGGGCACACAGGAGCCAUGAUCCCCAGCCCUGGACUGCCCUGGGGGCUCUGCAGCCCCUCUCUAGGACCAAGUCCCUGGCACCCUGGCAGUGUGGAUCCCUGGAUUCCAGCACCAGAGCUGGAAAAGUGAGACUCUGAAGACCCCCUAUGGGGGACCCCAACUCGAGGCCAAGGAGGGGGUGAAUGCUCAGGACCCCGCCAGGCCCCGUUGCUGAGAAGACCCCUUGGAUAUCUCCUGAGAACCCUACCUAUGCCCCUUCCCAAGCUGCCCCCCAGAGGUGGGGCCCCCAUGUACCCUCACCUGUGUCCGUCUGAGCAGCACAGAAAUAUUAAACACCCUCUAUUCACCGGGCCC